UUUCUGCUGUGUUCACUCGUCCAGCCAUCAAAUCCCUUCGUAAAGCUUUUGGUUUUCCACUUCUCUGCCUCGUGCUCCAAUUUUACGAUUUUUCUCACUCUCAGUACUGUAGGUUUCCUGAAAAUAGGGUGCUGUGAUUUUGGUUUGAAGAAAAUCAUGCCGGACGUGCACUCGCUCGUCAAUGAAUUCGUAAUUAAGCUCAAGAAGCGUAAAAUCGAGGGUUCUAAAGCCACAGCGAAGCUAACGGUGGAGUUGCUUCGUUCAUUCAUAUCUCAGCAGAGGUUGCCGCACAGUAACCAGGCUGGUGCCCUAAUUGAUGCUGUUAAAGCUGUCGGAGAAAAGCUCAUCGCUGCCAAUCCUGUCGAAUUGGCUGUUGGUAAUGUCGUGCGGCGUGUUCUACAUAUUAUACGUGAAGAGGAUCAUUCUCUUGCUACUGCUGCUAUAGGGGAAUUAUCUUUGGGCGCUGAAAGUGAUGACGAACAUGUUUUGCAUGAUGAUCAUCCAGUUCUUUCUGCUACUGCAGUAGCUGCUGCUGCAAGAAGUGCUUUGAGGCCGCCUUCUUUGCAAACGCUCCUUGAGGAUAUUCCUCACUCAGCGUCUGCACCUCGGACUUCUUCUUCUGGGGGUGAUUCUGAAGGAAGAAGCAAGUCUGCUGAUAAAAAUCUAGUGACCCGGAGACUGAAACACAAUGUCAUAGAGGCAGUUAAUGAGCUGAUCCUAGAAAUUUCUAAUUGCCCUGAACAAAUUGCCGAACAAGCAGUGGAACACAUACACCAAAACGAGGUGAUAUUGACGCUGGGCAGUUCAAAUACCGUGUUGGAGUUUUUAUGCGCUGCAAAGGAGAAAAACAGAUCCUUCCGAGUGUUUGUUGCUGAGGGUGCUCCAAGAUAUCAGGGACAUGCUCUUGCAAAAGAACUGGCUGCAAAGGGGCUACAAACGACAGUUAUCACUGAUUCUGCUGUUUUCGCCAUGAUAUCAAGGGUGAACAUGGUUAUAGUUGGGGCGCAUGCUGUCAUGGCUAAUGGCGGAGUUAUAGCACCUGUGGGUAUGAAUAUGGUAGCCCUAGCUGCAAAAAGGCAUGCCGUCCCUUUUGUUGUACUUGCUGGCGUUCAUAAGUUGUGUCCUCUAUACCCUCACAACCCUGAGGUCUUACUAAAUGAAUUGAAGUCGCCGUCUGAGCUGCUGGACUUUGGGGAAUUCUCGGAUUGUUUGGAUUUUGGCAGUGGCAAUGCUUCGCCUCUUCUUCAUGUUGUCAAUCCUGCAUUCGACUAUGUGCCUCCAGAUCUUGUCAGCCUAUUUAUUACGGACACAGGCGGCCACAACCCUUCAUACAUCUACCGGCUAAUCGCUGAUUAUUAUUCGCCUGAUGACUUAGUAGUGCAGCCGAAAUCAGCUUCUUGAAGUUCAGUUCAGUUCUAACUGGCUUCUUUCGAAGUCAUGGUGGUGGAAUCUAAAAUUGAGCGACGGGAGGUGUUAUCAAGUCCUAACAGGGAGGGAGGGUAAAUGGUCGAUCUUACAUGGGAUACUGAGUGGGAAGGUGACGGUGUAUGGAAAGCGCAAGAUUUCAUAUACAGUAUAAAUAUAAAAUUUGCAAGAUGUGGCAUGUUAUUUUGGUUGGGGUCAAGCGUGAGUGUGACGUGACUCAUGUGAGAAAACAGGAAGACAAAUAGGAAUAGAUGAUCUGAUCUGAUCUGGUAACAAUGUGAUGGCACGAUGAAACGGGAUUGGUUUCAAACGACUAUAUUUUUGGAUAAUCCGGAUGUUGUUGAUUGUAA